AUGGUUACUGGAAUAAUAGCUUAUCGAUUUCCAUCACGAGUUUUGGGUUUCUUUUUUAAUUAUUCUAGUGUUAGAGAAAUUGAAGUACGUAAUACAUUUGUUGCACUAGUUCAUCGUAUUCUUCAAUUUACUGUUUUGGCUUAUAUUUUUCUUUAUAUUGUCUGGAUAAGAAAAGGUUAUCAACGUUUUCAAGAACCACGUGGAUCAAGUGUAAUCAAAGUGAAAGGUAUUGGACGUGUUAAUAUUAGUAAUCCGCAUGUUUAUCCAGAAAAUAAAGUGCAAGCCCUAUGGGAUGCAAGUGAAUUUGGAAUACCACCUAUUGAAGAAAAUGCAUUUUUUAUUGCAACUCGCAAAAUAAUUACUUACGAUCAAACAGUAGGCAUUUGUCCAAGUGCUUUACUCGAGAAAGUCUUUUGCAAUGUCACAUAUAAUCCUUGUAAACAAGGAACGAUAUCGAAUAAUACAUUAGGUUUUCAAACUGGAAAUUGUGUACCAAGUUUAGAAGAUAAAACAAUACAUGUAUGUGAAAUAGAAGCAUGGUGUCCUGAAGAGGGUGCAAAUUCUACAGGAACUGUCAAAAAUGAUUUCGUUUUUACAUGUCGUUUUCGCAGUAAAACGGCUCGACAUUGUCCUAUUUUUCAAAUUGGUUAUAUUCUUCAAAAACUUAAAGAACAAGAUCCACGAAUCAACUUAACAGCUCUUUAUCAUCAAGGUGGUCUUAUUGAGAUCAGACAAAAUUGGAACUGCAAUUUUGAUUCUUACAAAGACCGGACAGAUUGUUUUCCAGUUUAUGAUUUUGAUCUGUUGCAAAAAGGCGAUGAUAAAUUAUCACCAGGCAUUAACUAUCGGUUUGCUGAUAAAUAUCGUAUGAAUGGAAUUGAAUAUCGAACAUUAACAAAAAUGUUUGGACUCCGUUUUGUUCUGACAAUUACAGGCGAAGCAGGAAAAUUUGAUUUUUAUUUUUUAUUUCUGGCUGUUGGUUCUGGUAUUAGUUGUAUGGUAAUAGCAGAUUUUGUAUGUGAAUUUAUUUUCAAAUAUAUACAUAAGAACAAUGAACAAUACUCUCAGAGUAAAAUAAGUAUCUGCGAUUUGGUUCAAGAUGUAAAUAUUGCAUCAACAAAAUUAUAG